AUGGCAUUGUCAGAGAGGGAAAGAAUAACAAUUCUCAUGAUGCGGGGAUUUGGUGAUAGAGAAAGAUCAUACGGUGACGUUGUUAAUUUAUUCAACGAUACAUUCCGGAAUCGUGCACCUAUUUCAAAAUCUACUGCAUAUCGAACCUGUAAUCGAUUCGAAAGAACUGGGUCAGUCAAGGAUGAACCACGAUCUGGAAGACCUAAAACUGCCACAAACGAACAAAAAUCUUUAGAAGUUAUAUUGAAUUUUCAAGAAAAUCCUUAUACGUCGAGUCGAAAAGUAGCUCAACAAACCGAAAUUAGUAAAACAUCUGUCCUUCAGAUUUUGAAGUCGCAUCGGUAUCAUCCGUACAAAAUAAAACUAGUGAAAGAACUUAUCGGAGACGAUCAUGAUCGUAGACUUGAAUACUGCGAGGAAAUGAUGCUACAAUUCGACAGAAAUAAUCAAUUUCUGUUUUGGACGUGUUUUUCGGAUGAAGCAACCUUUGAGUUGAGCGGAUCUGGCAAUCGGCAUAACAUGAGGUAUUGGACCGAUGAGAAUCCCCACUGGAUGAGGGAGCAUCGUACACAGUAUCCGGAAAAAGUUAACGUUUGGGCUGGAAUAUUGUGUAAUCGUAUCAUCGGGCCAUUCUUCAUUGAUGGCAAUUUGACAUCUGAAAAGUACGUAAAUUUGUUGAACGACAACAUAAUACCUGCAAUACAAGCUAUCGUUGGGGAUGCAUUCGAGAAUGUUUGGUUUCAACAAGACGGAGCUCAAGUUCAUUUUGUCCUAAUUGUACGCAAUGUACUGAACAACGUUUUCCCUGACAGGUGGAUUGGUAGAAGAGUUACCAUUGAGUGGCCACCAAGAUCACCCGAUUUGUCGCCUCUUGAUUUCUUUUACUGGGGAUACUUGAAAAGUAAAGUUUUUGAAACCAAACCCAACGAUAUCGAGGAACUGAAACACAGAAUUGUUGAAGCGUCAAAUGAUAUUAGUUUAGAGAUGUUACAGAAUAUUUCCAAUAGAGUUUAUUAUCGGUUGGGACUUUGCCAGAGAAGGGUGGAUACCAAUUUGAGCAAGGAAAGAAUUAAGGUUGGCGAAUAG